AUGGCGAGAGUGCCAUUCGCUCCGCUUGACAACCCACGUCUCCAGCACCUUGCCAGUGCGAAGAACAGGCAGAAUGGCUUGUCCUCCCAAAAGUCCUCUCUGAGCGGCAAAGCUAGCAUGUCAUCUCUAUCUAAGACAACACUGCAAUCGCCCAGCAAACGCCAAUUCGACCCCUCCAGCACUUUCGACGACUAUGAUAGCGAGAAUAUUGACCCCUCUGUCUUCAGCUCUCCCUCCAAGAAGAGCAAGAAUGCGGCUUUCAACUUCUCCUUGACGCCUGUGAAGGCUAUGCCACCUCCAGCCGUGCCAGCACGUCUUGCUACGCCCAUUCGAGCCAACAUGUCGUCCACACGCACUCCGAUGACAGCACCAGCCGGACGCUCUCCCAAACGCAAGAUUGCAGGUAUCAGCAAGAAUAGACGUGUAUCAGCACCCUUCACUCGUAUCGAACCUCCUUUCGCUAGCCGUGGCUCCUCUCUACCUUUCAGCCUCGACGCAGCUCUCAGCGGCACUUUCUCCACUCCUGCUGCACCGGCCGCCAAGAGCGCAGGUGCUACGAUUCAGGAAAGCAUGCCUAAAGGCUGGUUCUUCGAGAUCUAUGAGGAUAGUCCUGAGGAGGAGGCGUCGAAUCUAAUGGAGCAUAGUACGCUUACCUUGGAUCUGAGCUCGGACGAGGAGAGCAGUAAGAAGACCAGGGACGAUCGUGGGAAGGAGAAUACGCCGCCGGUGGGGUAUGAUGCUCCCGCUGCGUCGCGGGCUGUGGAAGCUAGUGUCGGUGCUCCGAGGCAGAUCAAGAAGACUGGGAUUAUCAGGCGGAAGAUUGUGGGCGACGACAUGGAUGAUGGGGAGCGCUCCCCUCUUUCGGAGCUCGAGACUGAUCCUUUCUUCCCGGAAGGUCUAGACAAGGAGUCUCACGUCAUCGUUGAUGGUACGCCAGAGAAGACCGCUGGUCCUUCCAAGGUUGAUAUCACUGCUUUGUUCACGGCGCCACAAGCUGAAGUGGAAAGUGUGAAGGAUGAGGCUGCAUCUAGUAUGCCUGUCGUCAACGCCGAUGGUGACCUAAAGGGCGAGAUCAUUGUGUUCGAAGAUGAUGCCUCCACCAUCAUCGAGCCUGCUUCAGAGCCUCCUGCUGCCACCGAGACGACGAAAUCUACGAAAGUCGAGAUUGAGAUUUACGAUGAGAACACUGUCCCGGUUGCUACGAUGUAA